AAGCUGGUGGGUCUUACUGUCCGCUUUUCUCGAGGUCAAUUUCCACUCUUUCCCACCUUAUUUGCUCUUGAAAAACUUACGAUGAAGCAGAAGCCCCGCCUAGGGUUUCUAUUUUCGCAUAGACAUGUUUAUGAGCAAUUGCGCAACUUUCCUCUUCAUUUCCCAUCUGAAGUAGAAAGGGUCCUGUGAAAGAAACUUGCAGUUAGGAUUUGAAAUGGGGGACUGCAGUUCUGAGACCAAGCAAUUACUGAAGGAGUUCUGGAUUCCAGAUUACAUAGUUAAACCAGGAGCUGAUGUACAAAGAAUUUCUUCUACACCCGAAUGCCCUGUGCUAGUGUUCAUCAACUCUAAAAGUGGUGGUCAGCUAGGCGGUCAGUUGCUGGUAACAUACCGGAAUCUUCUAAACUCAGAUCAGGUUUUUGAUUUGGGGGAGGAUGCUCCUGAUAUUGUGCUGCAUAGGCUCUAUGGGAACUUGGAAAUGCUUAAGUCAAAGGGUGAUCAUUUUGCUGCCGAAAUUGAAAAGUGUCUGAAAAUAAUAGUUGCAGGUGGAGAUGGUACAGCAGGCUGGCUGCUUGGUGUAGUAUCGGAUCUCAAAUUAUCUCAUCCACCUCCUAUUGCUACAGUCCCCUUGGGAACUGGAAACAACCUUCCCUUCUCUUUUGGUUGGGGGAAAAAAAAUCCUGGAACAGAUCGUGAGUCUGUCGAGUCCUUUUUACAUCUUGUGAAGGAUGCAAAAGAAAUGAAAAUAGAUAGCUGGCAUAUUCUUAUGAGGAUGCGAGCUCCGAAAGAAGGUUCUUGUGAUCCAAUUGCGCCUCUAGAGCUACCACAUUCUUUACAUGCAUUUCAGCGCGUCUCUCCAACUGAUUCAAUGAAUGAGGAGGGUUAUCACACCUUUCGUGGCGGAUUUUGGAACUAUUUUAGCAUGGGAAUGGAUGCGCAAGUUUCAUAUGCGUUUCAUUCUGAACGCAAACUCCAUCCCGGAAGAUUCAAAAAUCAACUAGUCAAUCAGAGUACUUAUGCGAAGCUCGGGUGUUCACAAGGAUGGUUUUGUGCUUCUCUAUUUCAUCCUUCUUCCAGGAACAUUGCCCAUCUUACUAAGGUGAAGAUUUGGAAAAGAGGAACAUGGCAAGAUCUCGAAAUCCCAUCAAGCAUUAGGUCCAUUAUUUGCCUUAACUUGCCAAGCUUUUCUGGUGGAUUAAAUCCUUGGGGAACACCAAACAAGAAAAAGAAACAAGAUAGAGAUUUGACGCCACCAUAUGUAGAUGAUGGUCUUCUUGAGGUGGUAGGGUUUAGAGAUGCCUGGCAUGGCCUUGUUUUACUUGCUUCCAAAGGUCAUGGAACCCGCCUUGCACAGGCACAUAGGAUCCGGUUUGAGUUUCACAAGGGAUCUGCUGACCAUACAUAUAUGAGAUUAGAUGGAGAACCGUGGAAACAGCCUCUCCCUUGUGAUGAUGACACUGUUAUGAUUGAGAUCUCUCAUUUGGGUCAAGUUAAUAUGCUUGCAAGAGAUGACUGUAAAGCUAAAAGCCUACAUGAUCCAUCAACACCUACUUCUGCUGGUAAUGAAGAUGAGGACGGAGACAGUGAUGAUAGCACCAAGGAUGAAACAGAGGAAAGGAGGAAGUUUGGUGCUGCUGAUACUUUCAAAUUCAUGCAGGACGAGGAUCCUGCUUGGUUCAGUUAGCUUUCUGCCCUCCACUCCCCUCCCCUCCCUCCCUCCUUGUUUCUUAAUAAUUGAUCUCCCCCUCUCUCCUUGUAAUUUAUUAAUUGAUAUCUCUCUCUCUCUUUUCUUGUAUUUGAACAAUUUAAACUACAAUUGUUUUCAGUUGCCUACAUAUGUCAUCUCUCUCUCUCAAAACCCCUCUCUCUGUCCUUUAAGAAGUGAACUUUAAUUCUUUUCAGCUUUUAAAGUA